AUGAGGUGCGAGUUCCCAAUGCUCACCAGAUGCUGCUUCUGCCUCCCGCUGAGGCUGAGCUUAAUGGUUUGGGCGUAUAUAAAGACGAUAUCCUCCGCUGUGUUGCUCUCGUAUUUGGUAUUCAUCGUAAUCGACGAGUGUACCCGACUUUGUCGGAUACAUUCUAUAUAUUUGUACCUCUUCUACAUCCCAAUAUGUUCGAUGUUAACAAUGGACAUAAUAUUUCAUAUAAUUUUUAUAAUAAGUGCUCACAAGAAAGAACACAGGAAAAUGAGGCUCUUCUACAGAUACAGUAUAUUUAGUCUUAUGAUAUAUAUAUCUGGACUUAUCUUUUCGAUAUCUCUGCUAUUCAUCGACUCACGUUACUUUAUUUAUGCAUAUUUCUUUGGAUUUUUCCACAUAGCUAUAUUUUUGUGGAUAAUAGUUAUUCAAAUCUACGUGUUAAUUCUGGUGCGGAGUGAAGUUGUGAAGCUAAAGAGGAACAUGAACUUUGAGUUCGUGAACCACGCGGCAGAGCCCGGUGCUGUGAAGGAGGACUUACGGAAUGUGGAAGAAGUACAAUAUUAU